AUGGUGGAAAGAGUCAUACUUACUCCCAAAAAUUAUGAUAUACAUAUGUUGAAUGACAUGAUUAUUAAUAAGUUUUCUGGAGAUGAACAUAUUUUGUUAUCUUUUGACGAGGUUGAUGGUGAUACUCAUAAUCUAUAUCAACAGGAAUACUUACACACAAUUGCUCCUGGCCACAACGCUGGAAAAAUAGCUUUCUUGUCAAGAAUUAAGAUCAAAACCACUGAUGGUGCGGGACUUCCUUUUGUGCUUAUUAGAAAACAGUUUUCUGUCAAACUAAGUUUGACAAUCACUAUAAAUAAAUCACAAGGACAAACCAUUCCAAAUGUCGGAAUUUAUCUUCCACGACAUGUUUUCAGUCACGGACAAUUUGAAACGGGAGAUAUUUCUGAUUUCGAUUCCAUGGUUGACAUUCCUAUUAAACAACAAUAUCACUUAAUGUCUUUGUUAAUGUUUAUGUUUAUUUGCUUAAUAAACUGUGAGAAAUGUUUUUUUAUUCUUAUUUUAUCUAAAUCUUCUUAUGGUUUUGAGUAA